GUCAGAGACUACUAUACUAUAGCGCGCGAAAAUUGAGUAGCUGAUAGAGUGUAUGCUCAUUUACUUUUAGGUUAGAGUCGUGGCUACUAGUGAUUAAACUGUUUAUCCAGUUAUGAUGAAUGAAGAAGAGUAUCAGGAAAUAACGUGUGCUGAAGAUUUUGGGCAAUCAUUUUCGAACUCUGACAACAGCGAGAAUUUGACCUUGUGUUCAAAUGUUCCUGCUGUGUGCACAGAAGAACCAUGUAUUCUCGGUGUUGAUGAAGCUGGCAGGGGACCUGUUCUUGGUCCCAUGGUAUAUGGUGUCAGCUAUUGCCCAAAGAGCAAACAAGACGUUUUGAAUGAUCUAGGAUGUGCUGACUCCAAAAGUCUUACAGAAGAAAAAAGAGAAGAUAUUUUUAAAAAAAUCUGCAGUGAACGUGAUACCAUUGGCUGGAUUGUUGAAGCUAUAUCACCAAAAACUAUCUGCAAUAAUAUGCUUAAGAGGCAAAAGUAUUCUUUAAAUCAGAUUGCUCAAGAUUCAACAGUGCAUCUCAUAAACAGUGCAUGUUCAAAAGGUGUUAGAAUUGCAGAAGUGUAUGUUGACACAGUUGGAAUGCCAGAAAAGUACCAGGCAAAGCUUUCUGCUAUAUUUCCUGAACUUAAGAUCACUGUGGCAAAGAAGGCUGACGCUACAUAUCCUAUUGUUAGUGCUGCUAGCAUAUGUGCUAAAGUUUCUAGAGACCGGGCACUUUCAGUAUGGAAGUUCACAGAAGGGUUGGAACUAACAGCUAAAGAAUUUGGAAGUGGAUACCCCAAUGACCCAGUAACUAAAAAGUUUUUAAUAGAGAACAUUGACCCGGUAUUUGGAUUUCCACAACUUGUUAGAUUUAGCUGGUCAACUGCAGAUAAAAUAUUGCAAGAAAAUGCUGUGCAAGUUGAGUGGGAAGAAGAAGAUGACGAUGCUGAAGCAGACAAAUCAAAUACAAGCAUUACUUCAUUUUUCCAAGUUGAGAAGAAAAAGAAGAGAUCUAAACAUCCAUUUUUUGUACAUAGAAAACUCUCAAAUCUCGAAACGAUGUGAUUAAAAGUGUAUCACAUAA